UUUACUAGUAUUCUGUUGGCGUGCGAUGUCGUUGAGUAUACUGGUCACUGGCGGUGCCGGCUACAUCGGAAGCCACACGGUGUUGCAGUUGCUUCUCGGAGGGUACAAGGUGGUCGUCGUCGAUAGUUUGGAAAAUUCCUCUCAGAUUUCCCUUGAAAGAGUCAGAGAAUUCGCCCAAGAUCAUGCCCCCAAACUCUCCUUUCACCAGUUUGAUCUUCGCGAUAGGCCGGCACUUGAAAAGCUUUUUGCUUCUGAAGAGUUCGAUGCUGUUAUUCAUUUCGCGGGGUUAAAAGCAGUCGGAGAAAGUGUGCAGAAACCCUUGAUGUAUUAUGACAAUAACAUUAUUGGGUUAAUUGCUCUGCUAGAAGCUAUGGCUGCCCAUGGAUGUAAAAAGCUCGUAUUUUCAUCAUCAGCAACUGUUUAUGGUUGGCCAAAAGUUGUACCUUGUAACGAGGAAUCCCCCAUCUGCGCUUUGAAUCCUUAUGGGAGUACAAAGCUUUUCGGUGAAGAAAUGUGCCGUGACGUCUAUAAGUCUGACUCCACAUGGAAAAUCAUAUUGCUGAGGUACUUCAACCCGGUUGGUGCACAUCCCAGCGGUGCUAUUGGCGAUGAUCCUCGUGGAAUCCCAAACAAUCUCAUGCCCUUUGUGCAACAAGUAGCUGUUGGAAGGCGCCCUGCACUGACUAUUUAUGGAACUGACUAUGGAACGAAGGAUGGUACCGGGGUACGUGAUUAUAUCCAUGUGGUAGACUUAGCUGAUGGCCACAUUGCUGCUCUGAACAAACUGUCUGAUCCUUCUUUUGGCUGCAAGGUUUAUAAUCUGGGAACUGGGAAAGGAACAUCCGUGUUGGAAAUGGUAGCAGCAUUUGAGAAAGCAUCCGGGAUGAAAAUCCCAUUGGUUAUGGCUGGUCGACGGCCUGGUGAUGCAGAGGUGGUGUACGCUUCAACGGAGAGAGCUGAACGAGAGUUGAACUGGAAGGCAAAAUAUGGAAUUGAUGAGAUGUGUCGAGAUCAGUGGAACUGGGCGAGCAAGAACCCAUAUGGCUACGAGCCUUGUGUGUCGACUGAUUGAUUUCGCUAGCUACCUUCUUCGUUUAUUCUGUCGUCUAUUUGCAGCUGUUAUGCUUGUAAAACUUAUGCUCCAAAAAAUGUGGUAGGUUUGAGGUAAAGUGUAUUCAUAUAUUGAGUCCAUUUUUUGGUAGCUAGACUUAGCCCUUGAGGACUGAUGUGUGGUAAUGUCGGAUUUGGUAUUUCUAUGUAGUUUCAGCUUUAAGACA